AUGGUUCUUUUCCACUCCACGUUCCUGCCCCCGUUCAUUCAAUAUUCCAUCGUCCCUGCUGGCAUGUCGCCUUCGGCGAUCCGUCUCAACCAGCCGGUUCCGGGGGUUGCGUCGGGAAAGCUGAUGCACGAUUUUGGUGUCUCUUCACACUACACGGUGCUCAUCGACUGCCCGGUUUCUCUAGACCCGUUAAAAGUCCGUAAUAAUGAGUCGGCUGUUGAAUACAACCCGCAAGGACGAACAAGACUAGGGGUGUUCCCUCGACAUGCCCCCGAUCGGGUCCGGUGGCAUGACACUUCACCGUGCAUUGUCAUACACACUGCCAAUACCUGGGACGAAGACUGUCCCGAUGGCCCACGCAUUAAUCUUUUGCUCUGCCGCGAGAACAGUCUUGCACCGUUGUACACCAUGGGAUGUUUGACGCCCCCCGAAAACGUGUGCGCCGCCGAACCGGAGUCUCGCCUCUAUUAUUAUGAGAUCUCGCAUGCGAUUACCCAGCAGUGGGCUCUGUCGGUAAUUCCUUUCGAAUUUCCCCACGUCCCCCGGCAUCGCGAGAUGAGAGCAGCCCAGUUUAUCUACGGAUGUUCAAUGACGGAGGGAAACUUCUCAUCUGCCUACAUUGCUGGGAUCAGAAUCGACUGCUUGGUAAAGGUCAACGCAAAGGCGCUGAUCCAACAGGGCAAAACGGACCCACCCCCUCAGAUCCAUGGCGCAGUGGAUACCAGAUCUAUACACCAGAUUAUAGAAUCGACCGACCCAGAUGACGUGAUUCAAGUCUUCAAGUUCCCGAGUGGUUGGUAUGCACAGGAAUGCUCUUUCGUACCGCGCCAUGAAGGUCAUAGCGAGGACGACGGGUGGGUGGUGACGUACGUAUUUGACGAGUCCCAGCUUGACGAGUAUAGGCAACCAAAGCCAGACGCCUGCAGCGAGCUGUGGAUUAUCGAUGCACGGUCAAUGAAAGAUGUCGUGGCUAGAAUCGUUUUGCCCCAGAGAGUGCCGUACGGGAUGCACGGGAAUUGGUUUCCGGAAGAUCAGAUCAAAAGCCAACGAGGAUAUAGAGAAUUGCGGACCCAGUGA